AAACGUCACCAACGUAACACUAACAGCGUCAAAAUGGCGUCCGAAGGACUGUGGGAGGACAGAGAUGUUCGUUUUGAUAUUAAUCCACAGCAAAUGAAGAUGCGACCUGGUGAAAAAAUGAUUGAUGCUCUAAAUGCUGUGGAGGAUACAAAAGGAAACAAUGGAGAUCGCGGCCGAAUAAUAGUUACAAACCUGAGAAUCAUAUGGCAUUCUUUGGCCUUGCCAAGAGUAAACUUAUCCAUUGGUUUCAAUUGUGUCAUUAACAUAUCUACAAAAACAGCACAGUCAAAACUGCGAGGGCAAACUGAAGCGUUGUAUGUCUUGACAAAAUGUAACAACACAAGAUUCGAGUUUAUCUUCACAAAUCUUAUACCAGGAUCUCCAAGACUCUUCACCACUGUCAUUUCUGUCCACAGAGCAUAUGAAACUUCUAAACUUUAUCGAGAUUUGAAGUUGCGAGGGGCACUUAUCCACAACAAACAACUGAGACUUCUGCCACAAGAACAGGUGUACAACAAAGUCAAUGGUGUUUGGAAUCUUUCAAGCGAUCAAGGAAACCUAGGAACUUUCUUCAUCACCAAUGUCCGAUUAGUUUGGCAUGCCAACAUCAAUGAAUCAUUCAACGUCAGUAUCCCCUAUCUCCAGAUGAAAACUGUGAAAAUUCGUGACUCAAAGUUUGGUCUUGCUCUUGUUGUUGAGAGCUCUCAACAAAGUGGAGGGUAUGUUUUAGGUUUCCGAAUUGAUCCAACCGAGAAGUUGCAUGAUGUUGUGAAAGAAAUUCAGAGUCUACACAGAGUUUAUAGUGCUUGCCCAAUAUUUGGUGUUGAAUUUGAGUCAGAAGAGAAGAUUGAUGGAGCAGAUGAUCUGGGAGUGGAUUACCAGCAAGAUGAUGUAGAAAUUGAAGCCGACAGCUCCUCGGAUGCAUAUGCUGCAUACUUUGCUGAUGGGAAUAAAGACAAAGACAGAGACCCUGUUUACUGUGAGGAACUUGGACUUGCAAUAGAAAAACUGAGAGAUGGGAUCACUUUACAGGCUUUAUGGGAUGUGUUAGCUUGAAACUGUGACUUAUGACAUGAGAAAGUUUAGAAUCCAAUAAGAGUACAGCAAAACUUAUCGAAAACAGACAUGCAUGCCUUGCAUGGACAGAUGAUGGUACAAUUUUGUAUCAAAAAAUCUUCAGAUUAGACAAGUUCAACAUAUGGAAUAUAAUUAGAUAAAUAUUUUAUGUCAUAGAAUUGAAAGUGUGCAUGCAGUUUGAUUAAAAUCAGACCCCAUACUCAUUAUCAUAUCAUUGGAUAUGAUAAUGAGUACGGUUUGGGGUCUGAUUUUAAUCAGACUGGUUUGCAUGCUGUCGAUCAAUUUGAAUUCCGAUUUAGUUCAAACAAGUCACCAUUUUGGAUUGCACAUAUUUCUGGAUUAAACAAUUUUGAAAUUUACUGUAAUACUGUAUAUGUGAGAUAAUUUAAGUUUGCAAUGAUUAGAAGAAUUUCAUCCAACUAUGACAGUCACUGUCUAAUAUGCUUGAUCACAAAUUCUUGGUUUAAAGUUUAAAGUUUCAUAAUGAAAUCAAAUAUUAAACUUCUCAUCAAUCAUUUUGCUGAAAUCUACAUUGUAUUAAUUGUACUAUAAUUUCUGUAUUUCCAUUUUUGUGUGGUGCAUAGUAGAUACAAGAGUUUUUGAAAAUAUAUAUUUCAAUUUGCAUAACCUGUUAAUUGAACAUUUACAUCCAAAAGAAAUUUACUGUAAAUUUUACUGGUCCAAGGGAAUUUUCAGUGGUCAAAAUCUUGGAAUGAUGGGCUAUAAACACAAUGUACACAGGAAUCACCCGGUCAAUCUAUCACAUUUUCAACUCAAAUGAUGAAACUAAUCUUUUAUAUAUGUAUAUUUUAAGAUCACACCACAAAGACCACAUGACAGACAAUAUUAUUUUCCUUUUAUAGAACUCUAUGGUUUUUUUUUUACAGUAUCUAUAAUAAAUGUGUACAUCCAA